AUGAGUCGCUGCCCGCCCGCCCGCCAGCCCAGCGCCAUGUCAGGCACUCCGAGCCGCGGCACUCCCGGCGGGACCCCGUUGUCGCCGACCCGCAUCUCCCGGCUGCAGGAGAAGGAGGAACUGCGGCAGCUCAAUGACCGCCUGGCCGUUUACAUUGACCGUGUGCGGGCACUGGAGCUGGAGAACGAUCGACUGCUGCUGAAGAUAUCGGAGAAGGAGGAGGUCACCACCCGGGAGGUGAGUGGAAUCAAGAGUCUCUAUGAGUCUGAACUGGCUGAUGCUCGAAGAGUUCUGGAUGAAACUGCCAAGGAGAGGGCUAGAUUACAAAUUGAAAUAGGAAAACUGAGAGCAGAACUUGAGGAGUUCAAUAAAAGCUACAAGAAGAAAGAUGCAGAUUUGUCUGUGGCUCAGGGUCGUAUCAAGGAUCUGGAAGUUCUCUUCCAUAGAAGUGAGGCAGAACUCAAUACUGUCCUGAAUGAGAAACGCAGUCUGGAAGCAGAGGUGGCUGAUCUGCGUGCCCAGCUUGCUAAGGCUGAAGAUGGUCAUGCUGUGGCAAAGAAGCAGUUGGAGAAGGAGACACUCAUGCGUGUGGACCUGGAAAAUCGGUGCCAGAGUUUGCAAGAGGAUCUGGAUUUCAGGAAGAAUGUAUUUGAAGAGGAAAUAAGGGAAACAAGAAAACGCCAUGAACAUCGUUUGAUUGAGGUGGACACAAGCCGCCAACAGGAGUAUGAAUCCAAAAUGACUCAGGCUCUGGAGGAUCUGCGAAAUCAACAUGAUGAACAAGUCAAACUGUAUAAGAUGGAGCUGGAGCAGACAUAUCAGGCUAAGCUGGAGAAUGCCAAAUUGUCCUCUGACCAAAAUGACAAAGCUGCUGGUGCAGCUCGAGAGGAGCUGAAGGAGGCUCGCAUGAGGAUAGAAGCUCUCAGCUACCAGCUUUCUGGUCUUCAGAAACAGGCCAGUGCAGCAGAAGAUCGCAUUCGGGAACUGGAGGAAAUGAUGGCUGGCGAGCGGGAGAAGUUUAGGAAGAUGCUGGAUGCAAAGGAGAGGGAAAUGACAGACAUGAGGGACCAGAUGCAGCUUCAGCUUACGGAGUACCAAGAGCUGCUUGAUGUUAAAUUAGCACUGGACAUGGAGAUCAGUGCUUACCGAAAACUCCUGGAAGGAGAAGAGGAAAGGUUGAAGCUCUCUCCAAGUCCCUCCUCCCGUGUCACAGUCUCUCGGGCUACCUCCAGCAGCAGCAGCAGCAGCACUUCACUUGUUCGCUCUUCCCGAGGCAAGAGAAAACGUAUUGAAGCAGAGGAGCUCUCUGGCAGUGGAACUAGUGGGAUCGGCACUGGGAGUAUCAGUGGCAGCAGCAGUAGCAGUAGCUUUCAAAUGUCCCAGCAAGCUUCAGCUACAGGAAGUAUCAGCAUAGAAGAGAUAGACCUGGAGGGCAAGUAUGUUCAGCUUAAGAACAACUCAGAGAAGGAUCAGUCUUUGGGUAACUGGAGACUGAAAAGACAAAUUGGAGAUGGAGAUGAAAUUGCUUACAAAUUUACUCCUAAGUAUGUCCUCAGAGCUGGGCAGACUGUUACAAUCUGGGGUGCAGAUGCAGGUGUAUCUCACAGCCCCCCUUCUGUUCUCGUGUGGAAGAAUCAAGGCAGCUGGGGCACUGGUGGAAAUAUCCGCACUUACCUCGUCAACUCUGAAGGAGAGGAAGUUGCAGUGAGAAGCGUUACUAAAUCAGUAGUUGUGCGAGAGAAUGAAGAGGAAGAGGACGAAGCAGAAUAUGGAGAGGAAGACCUUUUCAACCAACAGGGUGAUCCCAGAACAACCUCUAGAGGAUGCUCAGUGAUGUGAAGAAAGAAGAAAGGAACUAUUAUUUACGCUUUUCCCUCUUCAUUUAUUUCCUUUUAUUUUUGCUAUUUUUUCCUUCCAGAGCCACUGAAAACUAUUUUUAUAUGCAUCACCUGAUUUCUUUGACGUUUACUCCUUGGUACAUUUUUAUAAAAAAAUUUCAAAAAAACUUUACUGAACAAAAUUGCCAGGAUUUUUAAUAGAUUUCUUUAUUUUUCCCUCUUUGUUGAAACACUAUACAAUAUUUUUCCCCAUACAGAAUUUAAAGUCUUACAUAAAAACCUAAAGCAGAAAAGAGAUUUUAGCUAAAAUGAGAUGAGACUCCUUGAGUGUACGGUAAAUCUAUAAUUACAUAUAUAAUCAGUAUAAUACUCCCGAAAAAAAAGUUUAAUGAAGUGUAUUCAUUUACAGGGCCCUGGGAGAGAUUCACAGAGUGUUUCCUCAACAGUUGUAGAAAAGCUAGUAUUUUGCCUGGUAUCCUCAGCAAUUCCCAGCUUAGGAAAACUACACCAUAGAUUCAUUCAAAGUGCUGCCCCACAAUUGCAGUGACGGGGGAAACUUCAUUUUAGGCAUUUUUGACUCAGGACCUUGCCAUUGUGUCUUUCUCCAAGGUUUGACAGCCUAAUGGUAAAACAUCUGGGUCUGUCACACCUGAGCUCCAUGUCAUCAUUUCAGAAGUUGAAUGGUGAGUUCUGCUUCCUGAAUAUACACACCAUCCUAAGCUGGAAGUGUCAAACCCAGAGGUUGAACUGUUUGAUUAUUAGGGAAUUUUGCCAUUGUCACAAGUUAAAUCAUGGACACAAAUUGUGAUAUUCAGUAUUUAUAAUUUAAUCCUUUCAACAUAUUCAGCUUUAAAAAUAUUUGAUUAAGAUUUUAGAAGUAAAACAUAUUUAUACUUUUGGCAGUGAUAAAUAUUGGGGAUUUUAAAGGUUAUCCAAUGUAAAUGUUGACCUUUUUAAUCAGAGCUAGAUAUAGCUUGUUCCUACUUCUGUUAGGUUCAAAGGGGCAUUGUCAGGUAUCCUAAGGAGCAAUAUUUGCAAAAUAGAGCAGAAAUAGUUGAAUGACUUUUAAACAGUUCAAAGGAACUGCCUCUGUUAAGGAUGUAAGCAACGCAGCAUUCAAGUGCUCAAGUCUAACAAGGAGUGAAGGGAGAAUAAUGUUUUUUAUAAAAAAUGCGUUGUAUGGGUAGCAGAUGAUUUUUAGUUUGAGGAUGCAUUUUUUACCUGAUAGUGUCCAUUUAGGUCCAUUUCUGCUGCUGCAUUUCUCUGGAGAUAACUCUUAUCUUUAAGCACGAGGAAAAAUACUUGACUGCUCCAAAGAAUGCAAAUGUUUUUUCAACUACUAGUUGAAAAACAAACUUAGUAAUUUGGAUAAAAAAUUUGGACACCAUUUGAUUUCAGCAUAGAAUCCUGUUGUUACCUGCACUCUUGAACUCUGAUCUUGUCAUUCAAAAUGUUAAAACUCAUCAGACAAGUGACAAGGUUUGGAUGUUUUCGGUGGCUUUUGGACAUUAUGUUCUCUGAACAGUAUCCUGACUGACAGAUAUAACCUAGAAAGUCAGUUUAGUGGCUCGGAUUGAUGGCUUUGUUAUGCAAGCAGGGUGGGAACUAAAGGGGCUUUAAGCUUCAGGAUUUAUUUUGUCAUUUAAAAAUCAAGAUGCUACUUUUCUUUCCUUGAGUGGGAUAACUGAGUUGCUGAAGUUAAGCUAAUAGACAUUUAGAAUUAUGUUUUAAUCCAUUAUGAGAAGACCCAUUACAAAAAAACAGGAUAAAGAUUUGGCUGUUUGGACUGAUGGGAUAACUGAAUUGAUGUACUUGGCCAUCUUUCUGAUGUAAUUUUCCCACUCUGCUUGUGUAGAAGGUUAAAUAUGUAGUAAAUCAUGUCUCUCUCUCUGUAAGAUAUAUCUAGUGAAAUUAUGUUUCUCAGACAUACUGUUACAAUUACCAUUUCUAAAUUCAUUGUUAUGCAAAUGAAUGCAAUCAAUGUAGAGUUAUUUUUGCAACACACCUUCCAACCACUGGACACCAUUUCCCUUUUCUGACCCACAGCUUCUAUAAGAUACUGACAUAGCAUUUGAGGGCUUUUUUGCUUUUUUCCUAAAGAUCUGUAUUUAUUUUUUUUUACAUGGGCCAGUUUUCAGACUGCUUAUUCCUUUAAGAUUGUCCUGUAAAUUUAAGAUUAUUUUGUGAUCUUAAAUACUAAAGUAAUGAAUGUGUAGUUAAUUUACAUUUUUUUUCUGUGGUUUUGGGUUUGUUUGUUUCCUGUAAAGAAUGGCCUCAGAAAGGCAGCUCAAAUGAAGAAAAACCUCUUGCUACCUGAGCCAUAGUUUUCCUAGCAGCUACUGUAUGAGGAAUAUGUCUUCUUGUAGCCUUAAGAACUGGUGAUUGCAGAUUUCUUGUAAUGAGCACUGUGCCCUUGAGUAACAGUCUGCAGAAUAUGUCCUUAGAAUUGGAACUGUAUCCAUUAACUGUGGAAACAGUUUAUUUGAUUCUUUAGGAGCAUGCUUAGGUAUAUACAGGUCACAUAAACCUGUGAUAGAUACUGUGGGAAAAGCCAAGUCUGAAUGUGGAUGAUUCUGUUACUAGAGUGCUUUUUAAUAGGCUACUGCAAAUAUGAUAAAUAACUCCUGGCUGUAAAUUACAAGUCACACAAGAACUACUGUAUUCCAUGUACUUUGUUUUUUGUGUUCCCUUCUCCAGACACCAUCCCAGCCUCUUGCUUCUGAUGCUGAGCUUCAGUCUUAACAGCGCUGUUCCAGCCAGACUGGGAGGCAGUUUUGUGGCU